UCUCAGCCAAUGGCCGCGGAAUGCGCCGUCCGAUGGUAACCCUCACCGCACCUGCGGGUAAAGGCGGACGCAAGAAAGACCGUCCUUCUACGUUAUUACGGGAGUUACCAAGGCAGCUUAGUUAGAGACAGGUGUCUCUUCCCGCUUCUCUGCCGCCAGUUAACCUAGCUCAAUGACACCACGCCUUCAACCUGAGGGCCCCCUCACGAGCCGCAGCUACCCUCACUAACGAUGGCUGACAGGCGUGGAGUAAAAGCCGGAAGCAGGCGGGAUGGGCGGUGCUGGCAGAGGGCGUGCCGAAGGCGUGGCCUGGCUGCAGUGAGACCGGGAGGGGCGUAGCCAGCCGCCCCACCUGGGCUUUCAGUCAAAGGCGCAGUUAACCGCCAAGGUCCGCGUUCUAGCCGUCUCCGGGGGGCGGGUCGCUACUGGCCCCGCCCCCGCCCAGAUUUCUUCCUCUUGGGAAGCACCCUCUGAGUCUCCGAGAUUGGGCCGGAGCUGGCUGCUGGCUUCCAGAACGUCGGCGGUCUCUAGCGGCGAUGGAGGGCGCCCACGAGAACCCCGCAGAGUCUAGCUCCUCCGUCCCCAGGUCCGAAGAGCCUGCCGGCUCGGCCGGAGGCCCCGAGGUGUUGCCUGCAGAGGAGUCGGAGGGCUGCGCCCGUUCCUUGGAGGCGGCCCCCAAGAAACUCUGUGGCUAUCUAAGUAAAUUUGGCGGCAAAGGGCCCAUUCGGGGCUGGAAAUCCCGCUGGUUCUUCUACGACGAGAAGAAAUGUCUCCUGUAUUAUUCGCGGACCGCGCAGGAUGCCAGUUCCUUGGACAGCAUCGACCUCUCCAGUGCGGUCUUUGACUGCAAGGCGGACGCCGAGGAGGGAACUUUUGAAAUCAAGACUCCCAGCCGGAUUAUUACGCUGAAGGCUGCCACCAAGCAAGUGAUGCUGUACUGGCUGCAGCAGCUGCAGAUGAAGCGCUGGGAGUUCCACAGCAGCCCGCCUGCGCCUCCCGCCACCCCCGAUGCCGCCCUGGCUGCCAACGGGCCCGCCCUGCGCCUCGAGCUAGAGCAAGAGGAGGCAGAGCUGGAGGACUUCCUGUGCCCUGUGCGAACACCCCCCGGGCUUGUGGGUGUGGCGGCUGCCUUGCAGCCCGUGCCUGCCAUGCCCUUGGCCCUUCAGAACAUUUCCCUCAAGCAUCUUGGAACUGAAAUACAAAAAUGUGAGGGAAAAGUGCAAGAAGUGGGCUACUUGCCCUGGGCUGCUGAGAGCCCUGGGAAAGAUCCAGCAGAUUCUCCAAAGUCUACACCCAAGUCCUCUCUGACUGCCAGUCUCAUUCAGAAAGCCAAGCGCCAGAACAACACCUUUCCGUUCUUUGCUGAAGGACUCACACGGACCCGAACUGCCCAGGAAAAGGUUCUGGCCUUGGAGCAGCAGGUUCUGAUGCUCACCAAGGAGUUAAAGUCUCAGAAGGAGCUGGUGAGGAUCCUGCACAAGGCGCUAGAGGCUGCCCAGCAGGAGAAGAGGGCGUCCAGCGCAUACCUGGCAGCAGCCGAGGACAAGGACCGGCUGGAGCUGGUGCGGCACAAAGUGCGGCAGAUCGCAGAGCUGGGCAGGCGGGUGGAGGCCCUGGAGCAGGAGCGGGAGAGCCUGGUGCAGACGGCCGGCCUGCAGGAACAGCAGGUGCAGGAGCUGCGGCGGCACGUGCAGCUGCUCAUGGACAAGAACCAGGCCAAACAGCAGGUCAUCUGCAAGCUGUCUGAGAAGGUCACCCGGGACUUCACGCAUCCCCCUACCCAGCCGCCUGGGCCCCCAGGGGCUGCCGACAGGGACUUCCUGAGCCAGCAGGAGAAGAUGGAGCACCUGAAGGAUGACAUGGAAGCAUACCGGACCCAGAACCGCUUCCUCAACUCCGAGAUCCACCAGGUCACAAAGAUCUGGAGAAGGGUGGCUGAAAAGGAAAGGGCCCUCCUGAUGAAGUGUGCCUACCUCCAAGCUAAGAACUGCCAGGUGGAGAGCAAGUACCUGGCCGGGCUGCGGAGGCUACAGGAGGCCUCGGGGGGUGAGGCCACUGAGUGCUCAGAGCUGCUGAGGCAGCUCAUCCAGGAGGCGCUGCAGUGGGAAGCCGGGGAGGCCUCAGCCGAUGGCGUGGAGCUGAGCCCCAUCAGUGAGUAUGAUGAGUAUGGCUUCCUGACGGUGCCCAACUUCGAGAUGGAAGACCUGAAGCUGCUGGCCAAGAUCCAGGCACUAGAGGUGCACUCCCACCACCUGCUGGCCCAUGAGGCCGUGGAGCGGCCGCUGCGGGAGCGCUGGGCUGCCCUGGGUGAUCUUGCACCCUCGGUCGAGCUCAAGCAGCUGCUGCGGGCAGGUGUGCCCCGAGAGCACCGGCCGCGUGUCUGGAGGUGGCUGAUCCACCUCCGCGUCCGGCAUCUGCAGAGCCCCGGCCACUACCAGGAGCUGCUGAACCGGGGCCAGGUCCGCGAGCAUCCUGCCGCCCGCCAGAUUGAGCUGGACCUGAACCGUACCUUCCCCAACAACAAGCACUUCACCUGUCCCACCUCCAGCUUCCCCGACAAGCUACGCCGGGUGCUGCUGGCCUUUUCCUGGCAGAAUCCCACCAUCGGCUACUGCCAGGGCCUGAACAGGUAAGCAUCAGAGCCCUAGUG